AUGCAACCAAUAUCACAGGUUUUGAAGUUUAAUGAAGAAAUUAAUGAAAAAAUAAAUGAAGAAAUAAAUGAAGAAAGCAAUGAAGAAAGCAAUGAAGAAAGCAACGAAGAAAGCAACGAAGAAAGCAAAGAAGAAAGUAAUGAAGAAAGUAUAGAAGAAAGUAAUAAAGAAAGUAAUGAAGAAAGUAAUGAAGAAAGAAAUAUUCCUCAUCAUAUAAGAAACAUUCCUCAAGCUAAAACUAUAAUUGGGUAUCUUCCUUUAAUUGAAAAAAAUUUUUCCGAAUUAGCAAAUCAUUCUGAAACCUUUUUAACUAAACAACUUUCUUUAAAUAUUUCUGAUAUUCCAGAAGCCUCCACAUAUUGUUUAACUUAUAAAUCUUAUAAUUGCAAAUAUUCUUGUUUUCUAUGUUUAACAACAUUAGAUAAAUUUUAUAGUAUUAAUUCAGUUACAAAUUAUGAAGCCAGGACCAAUCAAACCAUCAAAAUUUUAUAUGAAAAUAAUAGAAACUUAAAAAUAUUUAACAAAGGAAUUUUUGGAUUAUCAAAUGUAACCGCAGCCGAAUAUCGAGAUAUGAUAAAAAUUAUGCCAUUUGUUUUUUAUAAAUUAGAAAAAAAUAAUAAUAAUUUAUCAAAUGUAUAUGCAAAUUUUGCAAAAAUUUAUAUAAUGAGUCGGUCCAAUGGUUUUACCACAAGUGAUCUAGAACUAUUUAAGCCAUAUUAUAGUGAUGCUGAAAUUACUAUGACAAUAGAACAAUCAGAAGAUUAUUUGACAGAAGAUGGAUGUGUUAUGGAAAAAAAUGAUGAAAUUGAAAAAAUUAAAAUGGGAAUUUUUCAGUGGUAUGAUUAUGCAGCAAAUGUUAGUAAAGUAUUUUCUGAUCAAAAUGAAGUUGAGGAUGAAAGGCUGCCCAUAUUUGAAAUUGUUAAAGAGUUAUGA